GCUCUUCCGCGCCGGCAGGGGCAGCAGCGGGAGCGGCGCGAGCGGUCAGGAGCGGCCCGGCCCGGCCCGGCGCGGCAGCGGCAGCGGCAGCAGCUGCAGCUACGCAAGAGCCCGUGGGCGCCGUUCGCGAGGCCGCUGCAGGGGCCCGGCCGCAAAGCGGGGAGGCCUGCGGGCUGGAGGGCGCCGCUGCCGCCAUGCCGCUGCUCUUCCUCGAGCGCUUCCCUUGGCCCAGCCUCCGCACCUACACGGGCCUCAGCGGCCUGGCUCUGCUCGGCUCCAUCGUCAGCGCCUACCGCUCCCUCAGCCCGCCCGAGGCCGAGGCCGGACCCGGGCCGGGCGAGCGGGAGCCGAUAACGGCCCCGGUGCAGCCAGAUCCGGCCGCGGUCGCCCAGCUGAGCGCCGGGGGACCCGGGGCCCGCGACGUGGCCCAGUACCUGCUCUCCGACAGCCUGUUCGUGUGGGUUCUGGUAAACACUGCUUGCUGUGUUUUGAUGUUGGUGGCGAAGCUGAUCCAAUGUAUUGUGUUUGGCCCUCUUCGGGUGAGUGAGAGACAGCACCUGAAAGACAAGUUUUGGAAUUUUAUUUUCUACAAGUUCAUUUUCAUUUUUGGUGUACUGAAUGUCCAGACCGUGGAAGAGGUGGUCAUGUGGUGCCUCUGGUUUGCUGGACUUGUGUUUCUGCAUCUGAUGGUUCAACUCUGCAAGGACCGGUUUGAAUAUCUCUCUUUUUCUCCCACCACACCGAUGAGUAGCCACGGUCGAGUGCUGUCUCUGUUGAUCGCUAUGCUGCUUUCCUGCUGUGGAUUAGCGGUUGUCUGUUGUGUCACAGGCUACACACAUGGAAUGCACACGUUGGCGUUCAUGGCUGCGGAGUCUCUUCUUGUGACAGUGAGGACGGCUCAUGUGAUUUUACGAUAUGUCAUCCACCUUUGGGACCUCAACCACGAAGGGACAUGGGAAGGAAAGGGAACAUAUGUCUAUUACACAGAUUUUGUCAUGGAGCUCACUCUCUUGUCCCUGGACCUCAUGCAUCAUAUUCACAUGUUGCUGUUUGGCAACAUCUGGCUGUCCAUGGCCAGCCUGGUCAUCUUCAUGCAGCUGCGCUACUUGUUCCACGAGGUCCAGCGUCGGGUCCGCCGGCACAAGAACUACUUGCGAGUCGUCGGGAACAUGGAAGCCAGGUUUGCGGUUGCGACUCCCGAGGAGCUGGCUGUCAAUAAUGACGACUGUGCCAUCUGCUGGGACUCCAUGCAGGCUGCCAGGAAACUGCCCUGUGGACAUCUUUUCCACAAUUCCUGUCUUCGUUCCUGGCUAGAACAGGACACCUCCUGCCCAACAUGCAGAAUGUCUCUUAAUAUCGCUGACAAUAAUCGUGUCAGGGAAGACCAUCAGGGAGAGAACUUGGAUGAGAAUUUGGUUCCUGUAGCGGCAGCUGAAGGCAGACCUCGCUUAAACCAACACAAUCACUUCUUCCACUUCGAUGGGUCCCGGAUUGCGAGCUGGCUGCCGAGUUUUUCAGUGGAGGUGAUGCACACCACGAACAUUCUAGGCAUCACGCAGGCGAGCAACUCGCAGCUGAACGCAAUGGCCCAUCAGAUUCAAGAAAUGUUCCCCCAGGUUCCAUACCACCUCGUGCUGCAGGACCUCCAGCUGACACGCUCAGUUGAAAUAACAACAGACAACAUUUUAGAAGGACGGAUUCAAGUACCUUUUCCCACACAGCGGUCAGAGAGCAUUAGACCUGCACUGAAUAGUCCUGUGGAAAGGCCAAACGGCGAGCAGGAGGAGGGAGAGACUUCUGCUCAGACGGAGCGUGUGCCUCUGGACGUCAGCCCUCGGCUGGAAGAGGCGCUGGACUUCAGCGAGCUGGAGGCAGAGCCCAGUGAGGGGGAAGACUUCGAGGCUCGGGGGAGCCGCUUCUCCAAGUCCGCCGAUGAGAGACAGCGCAUGUUAGUCCAGCGCAAGGAUGACCUCCUGCAGCAAGCUCGGAAGCGUUUCUUGAACAGAACUUCAGAAGAUGACUCAGCCUCGGAGAGCUGCCUCCCCUCAGAAGGAACGGCCUCUGACCCCAUGACCCUGCGUCGAAGGAUGCUGGCUGCGGCUGCUGAACGGAGACUCCAGAAGCAGCAGACCUCCUAGCGCUUCCUGGCCUUCCUCAGCGCCUCGCCUCCCGAGCGGAGCGUGUGCCCCCCGGAAGAGGCCCGGCCCCGUUCCGCCUGCUGUGUGAGAAGUGGGCCUGACUGCAUUGCCGCUGUAUAAAGCAUGUGGUCUUAAUAGUGUUUGGACAGCUGACAAAUUUAAUCCUUUUUUGUAAUACUUUCUAUGUGACACUUCUUUUCCCUUUAGAAACAGUGCACAUUUUAACUCUAGGCAUGAUCUCUUCUGGCAUCGACCAGACUUCCUAGGGUGGGGGAAGGUCAAGAGGAAGUGGGCAGCCAGAGGCCCUGAAGCCAGCAGCUUCGAUUAUUGCUUUAUACUUAAGUCCCAACAAAUGCUGGUGUCUUAGCUCCAAGUCCUGCAGGAAGUGAGCGGGGAGGAAGCAGGAUUCACACAGAACAGCUUGCAGACGUGCAGCAGGAGCCUGACUCCACACCAUUGGACAGUGUCUCUUGUCAAACUGCUGCUCUGACUGUGAGGCCGGACCCAUGGGCUCCGGGCCGGCUGGGCCGCAAGGCGUCUUGGAAAACAACUCGGUUUGUUACCUGGCGUGGCCCGGGGCUGUAGAGUGUGAGCAGGUGACCCAUUGUGUCCCGGUCCCUCUGGGACUUAGCAGAGCUGGCUUCAUACCUGUUAACGCAGUGCUCCUGCAUCUCACGGGUUUAGCCUGGAUGUCUGUCCUCUCAGCAUUUCGUGACCCCCUGGACAUGGGGGAAGAUCAGCACUGAAAGGGUUGAGCAGCCAGUUUUGGUUUCUGGUUUGAGUACCUUGGUCAGGCAAAUUAGGCAAUCCCAAAGGCUGGGAGCGUGGUCCUUAGAGAAAAUGUGGCCCUUCUAAGAUGGGAGAGGAAAGUUUGGAGGACUUUAUUGAAGAAACAAAAGAUAUCUUUUGUAUCUUCCCUGGAGCCAUUCAUUUUCAUAACUUUGUUCCUGUUGGUUUAAUUAAACAUAGGAAGGUUAAGAUGUUGAGUCCGCCUGCCUUGGAGUAGACCCAGGGCCUGACCCUUUUCAAAUUCUUCACACAUUUAACUUUAAGGAUUUGAAACACGCAAUCGUAGGUUCAUAGUUCAGUUUUUUAUGUCCUGUUGGAUUAAGUUUUUUUUUUUUUAAUAUUUCAAAGCAGAAUUUUAUGGUAGUCCCUUUUGGGGAGAAUCCAGUAUUAUCUAAAAUUAUUGGCAAAGUUAAAUGUAUUUUACAUAACUGAAAGUUUUUAGAAUGUCAAAAAGUAAUUGAAAAAAGUGAUAAGUAAAUGUUUAGGCCAAGAUAAUUUAUUUCAAUAAGUCUUUCAAAAGCCUUACCUUGAAAUGCUGUUAGUAAAUUUCUGUGAUUUUUUUUUUUAAAUGUGUUUUGUUUUGCUGAGAGCAUAGGUAUUUGUUUUUAUUGUAAAAUAGUAAUAAUAAUAAAAAGCAAACUCUU